GGGGGGGUGUGGCGGACCACAAAUGCAUCACAUGCAGACACUUGUUUACAUAAUCACACUAAAUUAAAUCCACAAGUACACACAUUUUUGGAGCAUGCACACACAUUUUCAGUCUUUUCAGAGCUGGCCGGCCCACAGCAGCAGCGCUCAUGGCUCUUCUGACAGUAACCUCCCUCUGCGCCUGUUUCCUGCUGGGAGUAAAUUGUUGGCAUGAUCUGGACAACACAGAGUACGACUGCUGGCCAAUUAACAAUCCAAAUGAUAACAACAUGAUCAGCUGUGGCGGUUUGGAAAUGGCCUGGGUGGAGCGUCCUCCAGAAAAAAUAACCAACGGGGAAGAGUUCAACGUCACCUACACGGUCACAGCCUCAGAUUCUUUUUACGAGUAUGCAGUCAGGAACAAGAUUUUCCAGUUCAGCAAUGCAUCGGAGGCAAAGCACUUCUGUGAUGAACACGAAUGCCCAUCAAACUGGAACAAUGCUAAUGAAAUGAACUGCUGUGUGUAUCACGCCAACAUCCACUCCUGUCCUCUCGGCCUUAUGAAACACAGUGGAAUAUGUGGCCCAUGGAUUCCAGAUGACGGCAAGAUAGUGACUCACACCAUGUCCAAAGCGGGCAAGAUGAGCCAGAAGUACUGGACCUCAAAGGUAGUUCUGGUCCAUGUGGGAGUCACUUCUGUCAUUGCUCAUAUCAAAAUUGGACAGAUGCACGGAGCACUGGAGUCCAAGGUGCUUGUUGUCAGUGCACAAGUAUGUGGUGACGGCGUCUGUGAGUUGGAGGAAAAUUGUCUGAACUGUCCCGCAGACUGUGGCAUCUGCCCGAUGUCUGUCACCAUAAAGGUGGUCAUUGGGCUUCCGGUCUUCCUCUUCAGCAUCGGCUUCAUCCUAACCAUAGUGUGGCUUCAGUACCAGAAACAGAAAAUGUUUUGGGAUGAAAGUUGGAUCAUCAACUACAAGGACAUAAUAUUUGGGAGAAAGACUGACAGUAGACUGUACUGCUUGGGCCCCGGCAGCACCACCAGCCUGCAACGCAUCAAGAGCACCUCCAGCAUUAGUUGCACCACUGAUGUGAUGGUGUGCACCGGGGUCACCACGUCCUUCAAACAAGGCUUCAUCCAGCCAGGAAUCUAUGAUGGGAGGACUGUGGCAGUGAAACACAUCCAGAAGAAACACUUCACCCUCUCUAAAACAAUCAGGAAGGAGGUGAAGGGAGUUAGACAACUGGAUCAUCCAAAUCUAUGCAAGUUCAUUGGUGGGUCUAUUGAGGUUCCUUAUGUCAGCAUCAUCACCGAAUACUGCCCCAAAGGAAGUCUGAUAGAUGUCCUGCUGAAUGAUGACAUCCCCAUUAACUGGGGUUUCAGACUGUCUUUUGCCACUGACAUCGCCCGUGGGAUGGCCUACCUGCACCAGCACAAGAUGUUUCAUGGGAGACUGCACUCCAGAAAUUGUAUUAUCGAUGACCGCUGGGUGUGCAAAAUCUCAGAUUACGGUCUGUCAACCUACAGAAAAGAGGACCUUGAGGUCAUCGGUAAUGUCAUCAAUUGUGAGGAUGAAAACCAUUUGUACUGGGCUCCAGAGGUUCUGCUAGGAAACAGCUGCAGCAUGACUCCAGCAGCAGAUAUCUAUAGCUACUCUUUGAUCCUCGUUGAGAUUGCCACUCGUUCCAACCUCACUUCAGACCAGGCCAGUGGUGCCAGGAUGGAUGUCAUGUGGCGCCCCCCUCUGCCUGAAAUCCAAACAGAGAAAUCUGAUACUCACUGUCCCAAUCAGUUGGACUACUGUGAGCUCAUCAUGAAGUGCUGGUCCCACAACGCCACCAUGAGGCCGACGUUUGAGCAGGUGAAGAAGAUACUUAACAGGAUGAACCCCCACAAAGUCAGUCCGGUGGACAUGAUGAUGAACCUGAUGGAAAAGUACAGCAAGCAUCUGGAGGCCAUAGUCGCUGAGAGAACACAGGAUCUUCUUCAAGAGAAACAGAAGACAGAUCGACUGCUGUACAGUAUGUUACCAAAGCCGGUGGCUGAUGACCUUCGUCAGGGCCGAACAACAGAGGCUCAGAGUUUCUCCGGCGCUACCGUCUACUUCAGUGACAUUGUAGGCUUUACUCAGCUGUCUGGUGCCAGCACUCCUCACCAGGUUGUAGAUUUCCUCAACCAGCUUUACACCACCUUCGAUGACAUCAUUGACAAUUAUGACGUCUACAAAGUAGAGACAAUUGGUGACGCCUACAUGGUGGUCUCUGGAGUCCCUCAAGAAAAUGGCAUCAAUCAUGCUGGGGAGAUAGCCAGCAUGGCUUUGGACCUGGUCAGUGUCUGUCUCAACUUCAAGAUCCCCCAUAAACCCAAUACACAACUGAAGAUACGUGCUGGCAUCCACUCAGGACCAGUUGUGGCAGGAGUUGUUGGUACUAAAAUGCCACGUUACUGCUUAUUUGGGGACACUGUCAACACAGCUUCAAGGAUGGAGUCAACUAGUGAAGCUCUCAAGAUCCAGGUGAGUGGAGCUACAGCUGACCUGCUGCAUACUCUCCAAGGUUACGUUCUGACCUGCAGAGGCACCCUCAAUGUGAAGGGUAAAGGGGAUAUGACAACGUGGUGGCUUGAAGCAAAGAAAGAUGAACACAGAGACCCACUGCUGCAAAGUUCUGAAUCUACAGGACUCCCAGUACCAGUCAGCGACUAGAGAGCCAUCUGGAUCUGAAAAUAUCAAAGCACCCGUAUAAAUAAGAAAAUGUUCUGUUCAUUGUUCUCUGGUUGUGUAGAGACAAUAACCAGCAUUUCAACAAACAGUAUUUAUGGAAAAAAAAAUCAUACAUGCACAGUUAGCAUAAGACCUGUUUAGGCUCUGAGGUCCACUCAUAUCAACAUUCAUCAACAAAUUCUGUAGUGUGAAUUAUAUGGAACAGACUUGUUGAGGUGUGGGGGAUCAAUAACUGAAGGAAGCUGUCUUUCAUCAUAUUUUCUAAACUCUGAUUUGUGACUUUAUUUGUGGGUCAGAUUUUGUUCUACAGCAGUGGUUCCCAACCUUUAUUCCUCGAAGACCCCUCAGUUGUAUCUGAUACGCCUGUCACACCUUGAUGUUUUAGCCAGCGUAUGCCAACCAUAUUAAAAACGCUGGGCAUAAGUGGGCGCACGUCUAAUAUGUUCCAGGUAAGUUUUUUAUAUAUAAUACAAUGAGCACCUCCAAAAAUUUUGGGCAUUCUUAAAAUUUUCAAUGUAUGCCAGCAUAUGACUCAUACGUUCCACACAUGCGGGACAUAAGUUCUAGGUAAGAUAUGCGGUUGUUGACACAUGUUUCUUGUAAUUUACUGAUAAGUCAAAAUAGUACGUCCAUUAAUGCUGUCCAUUCAUUGGCUGAAAGCUGCAGUC